GAGAGAGAGGGAGACGAGGGGGAAUGAGAGAGAGUGUGUGAAAGAAAGAGAUAGAGAGGAGAGAGAGAGAAGCUGAUUGCUUCUUCUACUGACAAACACAACACACAACACACACACUCUGAGAGGACUCCCAACACAACACACUUUGCUGGAUCCUGGAGCGUGGAGCUUAGCAUUGGUGUAUCGGAGUGUGUGUGUACUGUGGUACCGCUGUGUGUGUGAGGGUGAGAGAAGAGUGUCUUUCUAAGGAUACCCUGAUGAAAAACGGAGCCGGGUUUUUCAGGCAGAGCCCCCUGUGUGAUCCUCCGCAUAUCUACCCUGGGGGACCCACCGCGCACCGCAGCCGCCUGUCAUCUCCACGACAACUAGAAUGGGCUGCAAUUUGUGCACUUUACAGAAACGGGAGGAACACUACAAGCUGCUGUAUGAGAUUGCACAGGUGAAUGGCAGGGACUACUCCAAGGCCAGCCAUGACGAGGUGGUGGAGGUCAUCAGGAGAGACCCCAUCGUGGUGCAGGUCGUCCGUCACCAUGGCAACCCCGCCCACUCACACCAAACACUACAGGAAGUUCACGUGGUGGACGUGUGCACGCAGACGGACAUCACUUUCGAACACAUCAUGGCCCUGGCUAAGCUGAGGCCUGCUACUCCACCUGUACCUGACAUCUGCCCCUUUCUGCUGUCAGACAGCUGUCACUCCAUCCACACAAUGGAGCAUGAAUUCUACGAGUGUCCAGAGUACCUCUCCAACACCCCAGCUGAAGUGGACAGGCCAGAGGAGUUUGAGUAUGAGCAGGUAGAGCUCUGUCGGCUCAACAGUCAGGAGAAGUUGGGUCUGACGCUGUGCUAUCGGACUGACGAUGAAGAGGAUACAGCUAUCUACGUCAGCCACGUUGGACCCAACAGCAUCGCUGCCAGGGACGGCCGCAUAAUGGAAGGAGAUCGAAUAUUACAGAUCAAUGGCUGUAACGUACAGGACCGGCAGGAAGCUUUCACUCUCCUGUCCAAUGAGGAGUCCAGGAGUAUCGUUCUCCUGGUGACCAGACCAGAGGAGGCAUGGCUGGAUGAGGAGCACAAUGAACUCCUGGAGGAGCUGAAGAUGGAGAUCCUAGAGGAGAGGAGGAACGAGGAGGCGCAGAAGACAGGAGGAGGAGAGGAGCAGGCCAAGCAGCUGGAGGAGGAUGAUGUCAUGACAGACACGGCCACGUGUUCCUCCAAUACUCAGGACAAAGACAGCGGCAUGGGGCGCAACGAGGAGAGCUCCGAACAGGAAGUCCUCCUAGCCCGUGUCCACCGGAGGCCUGCCCAGGGCUUGAGAGACCGAUGGAGGGCCAAGCAUGGCCAGGGGCUGGGCAGGAGGGUGGUGGUGCCCUCGGACACCCAGGGACCCAGGGGUCUGAUCCAAGCCCAAGAGGGUGAGGGCGGAGUGGGGUUAGGACUGGAGUGUGACAGCCACUUCCAGCAGCUCCUGGAGCUCAAGUGCCAGAUCCGUAACAGCGGGGAGUGUGGUGUGUACUAUAGCAGGAGAAGCACCAUCGAGUGCAGCCUGACGGAGCAGAGCGGGGUGGGGGUCAGUGGUAGUGGAGGGAUGGAACAGGAGCUGAGGAUGUUGAACGAGGAGCUGAGGAGUAUUGAGCUGGAGUGUCAGAACAUCAUGCAGGCCCACCAGCUCCGCAAGAACCAGAGGGAUCCCCCCUGCACCCCUAUGUGCUCCCCAGGACGAAGCCCCAAACAUGGGCGUGAGCAGCAUGCCAAGCUGGCCGAUAUCAACGAGCAUCCAGGGGAGAGGCAGUGGGACAGCGACAAGCUAAGGGGGGACAAGGACAGCUCCAGUGCCUAUAACACGGCUGAGAGUGCCAGGUCCACUCCUCUAGGCAUGGAGAGAUCCCCGGACCACUCUCUACAGAGACGCAUCAGCCUCACCAACCAGAAGAACCUCCGGAGCACCAUGGCAGCCUCCAGCCAGUCCAUCUCCAAACCCAUCCCAGACAGAGAGCUCCUGAGUGAGACCUCGACCGGGACCCCCUCGCACAGCCGACAGGAUCCCAACCCCAGCCCUGGAACCACGGUCAUCUCCAGCAGCCCCGACCAGUCCAACCCUUCCCCCUCUGAGUCAGACCCGGCCCUGCCUGCAGACGACGAGCGCUGCGACCGCACCAGGAGCCACCGGGGGCCACGCAGGGUCCCUCCCUACCCGUCCCCUUACCACACAGCCCCCCAGCAGGGGCAGGGUGCCUCUCCAGCCCACGCCAGACACCUUCAGAGCUACAUGCAGCAGCUCCUCCAGCAGUCCUCCAGUCUGGAGACUUACUCCCAGUCCCAGCUCAGCCUCCUCAGCGUCUGCCGGGACCGCUCCGCCCGCCCGGGGGAACCACGCCUCGAGUGGAAGGUCAAAGUUCGAGCCGACGGGACGAAGUAUGUAGCCCGGCGACCAGCGAGGGACCGGAUUCUACGAGAACGGGCGCUGAGGAUCAGGGAGGAGCGUAGUGGAGGGAUGACCACGGACGACGACGCUAUGUCAGAGAUGAAGAUGGGGCGGUACUGGAGUAAAGAGGAGAGGAAGCAGCAGCUGGCCAGAGCCAGGGAGCAGAGGAGGAGGAGGGAGUACAUGCAGAGGAGCCGGCUAGAGUGUCUUAGAGAGGGCCCUGGGAGCGGGGCCGAGGGCCGUAAAGAGGUCAACAUCCUGGAACUCAGCCACAAGAAGAUGAUGAAGAAACGCAACAAGAAGAUCCUGGAUAACUGGAUGACCAUCCAGGAACUAAUGAGUCACGGGGCCAGAGCACCUGAGGACCAGGGGACUAAACCAGUACACAAUGCCUUCCUGUCUGUUACUACAGUAUAGGACCACAGCUCCGGGUAGAAGUUACCCUGUACACACAGAUCUAGGAUCAUUUAAAACUACCCGGGUCGGGCGUUAACCAUUUGGACGAUAAUGCACAACUGACCUCAGAGCAGUGUCUAGGGACAACCUUGCCCCAUCUCUCUCUCUCUCAUCGCGUCCAUGCGGUAUGACCUUACUUGCCUCGUUCAAUGUGGCAUUUUUUAUAAUGGGGAAAAUCCUAUAUUUUUCACAGUUUGUAAACUCAAUAACGUUUUGUAAAAUGUUUUUUUUUACACUGGUUGUCGAUGUACUGUGAUAUGUUUUCUGCAGUUGCUCAUUUAUGCUGUCAUCAAACAUGUUUCUAUCAUAAUCAGAAUUCUCUGUAAACCACAUCAUCAUGGAAGUCAAAGACAUCGUUGCACGUUAUCAUGUUUGCAUUGUUUAUCCAGCAUGGCAGUGAUUAACUGUAGUGGUCAGAAAUGUACCGUACACCUGAGAACAGAAACUUGACUCUUGUGCAGAAUCUUCCUUGUCUUUUACUGAGGAUCGACCAUAUAACUGCACAAGCCUCUCAGACCCAUUCAAUAUGCCAAGCUGGACACCACUACAUCUCUGAAGGACCUUUCAUCAUUUCUGAAAAUGUCAACUCAGAGUUCUCUUGGAAAAUUCAAAAGUCCUGAGAAUGUCAAUAAUUCAGUGGUGUCUCAGAGGCUUUCAGUUUCUCAGUUUAAAGCAAUCUUGAAGGAAAGGUUCACUAGUCAACAGUUUUGCCCCAACAUCUCACUGCAAAAGUGAUCUCAAUGUUUCUCAUCAAUGGUAAAUUAGUAUCACUAAUGAAAAAAGUUAAUUGCUUACUGAUUAAAUAAUUAAUUGAAGUGAUUUGAUUGCUCCAUGAAUACAUUAAAUGUAAUUUAUAAAUACAAAACAUAUUUAUUAUUUUUUAUUGCUUAUUUUCAAUUAUUGUACAUUUAUUAGUCUAUUCUGCAUAUUUUCGGACCUGUCUGAAGAUCUCUUUGUAUUGUCAAAAAUAACACAUGUUAUUGUCUCUAAGGUAUUAUACUUCACCUAACAGUCAUUUCUAGCAUUUGAUGGUGCUUCAAACGGGUGCUUUUCAUUGUACACUGUUCUUCUAUCUUUGCUCAGUGUUUAUCGUCUUAUUUCAAGUAAUCGGUAGUUGGUAACUUCAUAGGCAGGUCAAUGUGUGCUACUUGUGAUAUUUGCAAAGGAAAUGUUAAUAAAUUAUUGUUUAUCUUUAUGAAACAAAUGAUUGUAUUGUGGUUGGUUGGAUGUAUUUCCUGGUUACACGUCAUAAUAUUCCAAUCAGCAUAGUCCCAUAUCUCAUUCAGCAUCUACUUGAUCCAUAACGUUGCUAUGAGAGGUCUAUCAGCCAUUUUGGGGAAAACUCCACCAGCUAUAGUUAUCAAGCCCUGAUGCGCAUACCACACCAGCUGCAAAUGCCUCUGGCUAUCAAAAGCACUGGCAUGUAUCCCGUUCUCGUCACGUUUCAAACAUGUCAGAGUAAUAUCAUGACCCUAGAAUCUCUGCUCAGUGUCACUGUUACACCAGGAAGCUGUUUCAUUAUGCAGUUGAAACACAGCAGCUGCGUCUCACAUCACCUGAAAGAUAAGCACACAUACAUCAUAUGGAAGAAUAGAAGGCAUUGAGAAUCAGUGCUGGUGGUGUGUGUUUGGUUUUCAGUAACUCACGAGGAAAAUAUUAUGGCUUUCACGAUCAGGAUGCCAGGAAGUAACCUCUUUUGUAUGCUUCUUGUAUUCAUGUAGGUAAAAAAUUCAAGUCAAUCAUUUGUUAUAAGUGAGUUACACUGUAUAUGAAACAUACUGCACAUGGAUAUAAAUACACAUUUAGAGAGUAAACACCAAGACUUUCUGACACAAUCUACAGCAUUAUAGAUGAAUGACUACUCAUAAGUCACAGUCAAG